UAAGAAGCAGUCAGGAGGAUUAGAGUUUCUAUCAGAGUCGCGCACCGCAGUGCUUUCGCCACAGCGAGCAGCGCCGUCGUCUGCUGGUUCUCCUGCGUGGGUCGGGUCGGGUCGGGUCGGGUCCACUCCACGCUGCGACAUGGCCGAGCUGGGGAAGGGCGUGACGGCCGGGAAGCUGGCCCUGAACGUCCAGAAGAGGCUGAACCGGGCCCAGGAGAAGGUCCUCCAGAAGCUCGGUAAAGCCGAUGAGACGCGGGACUCCGCCUUCGAGGAGCUGGUGGCUAACUUCAACAAGCAGAUGACUGAAGGCAGCAAGGUGCAGAGAGACCUCAAGGCCUACCUGGCAGCGGUCAAAGCGAUGCACGACGCGUCGCGGCGGCUGCAGGACUGUCUGGCUGACAUGUAUGAACCCGACUGGUUUGGAAAGGAGGAGCUGGACGCUCAGGUGGAGGAGAUGAUAGAGAAGGAGCUGGACAACAACCUGGAGGACACGGACACGCUGUGGAUGGAGUACCACCAGAACCUGACAGACAAAUCCCUGCUGGGCCUCGACACGUACCUGGCUCAGUUCCCAGAGAUCAAGGCUCGCCUAGCAAAGCGCGACAGGAAGCUGGUGGACUUUGACAGCGCCCGCCAUCACUUCGCCUCCUUGCAGAAAGGGAAGAAAAAGGAUGAGGCCAAGAUCGCCAAGGCGGAGGAGGAACUGGGCCGGGCUCAGAGGAUCUUUGAGGAGCUGAACGUGGAGCUGCAGGAUGAGCUCCCGGUUCUGUGGGACAGUCGUGUUGGCGUCUAUGUUGACACAUUCCACAGCCUGGCAGGACAUGAGGAGAAGUUCCACAGAGAGAUGAGCAAGCUGAGCCACAACCUGAACGACAUCAUGACCAAACUGGAGGAGCAGCGACAGCUCAAAAAAGACGCCACUGCAGCUACAAAGAAAGGCGGCGCAAAGAGUGAGGAAGCCAACCACAGCCAGGCCAGCAGCCCGGCUCCAAAGAAGCCCGGCCCGCCGCCCAGCCGGCCUCCUCCCAGACUCUCACCGUCUCCAGACCCAAAGCAGCAGAUCGACGCCCUGCUGGAGGACGAGGCUGCAGCUCCAGACUCUCACUCAGACCCAAAAAGCACAACGCAGCAGAGCUCUGUGACCAACGGCGCUGAUGCUGAACUUCCUCCAGGGUUCCUCUACAAGGUGAAGGCAGUGCACGAGUACACGGCAACGGACAACGACGAGCUGGAGCUAAAGGUCGGAGACGCCGUCCUGGUUUUGGCUUUUGAUAACCCUGAGGAACAGGACGACGGCUGGCUGCUGGGCGUCAAGGAGGCUCACUGGUUCCUCAAGAAAGAUAUUUCAGCCAAAGGGGUUUUCCCUGAGAACUUCACCCAGAAGGUCUGAUGGUGGCGCUGCAGCUCAUCCCAACCUGAAGCUCCUCUUCAUCCCUGUUGACGCGGUUAGCACUGAAAGCUACAUGAUGGCAAACAGCGAUGGAGACCAGUGCCUGUCCACACAGCCUCUAGCUCUCCUUCUGCAAGUUUCAACCACUUUUUAGUCAAUUUGUUCAAGAAAAUAAAAAUAAACGGAUGUAAUAAAGAA